GUCAUUGAUAAUCUAGCAAGUUGUUGUGGUUGGACAAGGUAUUUCGCUGUCAUUGCACGGAAGCAUGACUUAGGUUAGCGUCGACAACUAGGUUUCCCGUUGUUUAACCUCAGUUUUAACAAGCUCCUCAGAAAUGGAGGGGGCUGAAGAAAUCCAGAAGACGCCCCUUGAAAACCAAGAUAUCGAUUUUAAUUUCUUACAUCAAACAGUUGGAGUUUUCGUAGCAGAAUAUGGAUGGUAUUUGCUGUUGAUGACUGUUUGUCUGUACAUGCUGAUACAACAUCUGGUCAACAAAAGGGACAGUCAGAGUAGCUCAGCUUCUGAACCAGUACAAGAUCCAAUUACCGUGGCGGCAAGACUAGAGGCUCUAGCAGCCUCUCGACAGAAGAUGCAGGAUGAGCUGGAUGCUAAGGCUGCACUGUUCAGAGAGAAGCAACAACAGCUUGAGGAGGAGAAGCGAAGACAGAAGAUUGAGAUGUGGGAGAAUAUGAAACAGGGCAAAAGUACCAAAGGAAACUCAAAGAUUGCACAGAGCACAGAAGAGGCAAGCACGUCCACAUCAACACUAAAACCUAAGACUGAAAAGAAGGCUCUCCGUGAAAGUGGUUAUAAUCCCCUAAGUGGAGGAGGAGGAGGAGGUUCAUGUGCCUGGAGACCAGGAAGAAGAGGGCCGUCAUCUGGGGGAUGAGGUUAAAGAUGUCAGAGCUUCAUGGUCACUAUGACCUGCCUGUGAACUCUGACCACCUGACUUUGGACCACUGGGGAACAAGCAACACACUAAACUGCUGAAAGAAGCUGCAAGCUCUCACAAAGUAUUUUUGACUGCACAUGUCUUUUUUACCAUCCAUAUACCAUCAAUAUUCUUCUGUUUUCUUUUCUUCAGUUGUUGAAAUAUUAUAGUAAACUCAGCUUAUAGUGAUACUUUGAACACCCAAAAUGUUUACUUAACUACAAAAUCUCUUCUGAGUAUUUGCACAGUGUGUAUAGAAUUUAUAUAGUGUGUAAUACUGUCUUUAUCUAAUUGUUAUUUUGCUUGUUAAACCAACUCAGUGAAGGAUAACAAAUGUUGGUCUUGUGAGAAUUGCAGCUUCUAAUGAAGCCUUGCCUUUCAAUGGCAUCUUUGCCAGUGGGCUUGGCUGAUGUAUUUUACAGAAAGUGUGUUCCUAUGUCUCUAAGCAUUUAUAUUUUUAUUUGCUACUCUUUUCAAAUCAUUUUUGUGUGCCACCGUGAAGAGAAUUUAGAUAGCAGCCGAACGGUUAGUGCUGUGCUCUCCACUUUGUACUGAAUAUAUUCUUUAAUACAUGAAAAGAAACGUAACAAAAAUGAAAAGUGAAUCGCUGAAUGCUUAUUACGAAACUUGUAGUUACUAAUAUAAUCAAAGAGCGAACGUCCUUUUGAAGUGGAUAAGAAGACAAUAUAUGUCACAAAAAUGUUAGAUACCUGUUUAUUUUAAUAAAAGUAUGGUCGUUACCAA